AUCCGUUGACCUACUAUGGGCAUAUUGCGCAGGGCUGCGGAAGGCGGAGCUGAAGGCGGUAUGAAAGGCUCACAUGCCUCGCGUCUUCCUCCGCCUCUCUACAGCAAAAUGGCGACUGUUGACUUAGACUCGUCCGCGGAUCCAGAGAUGGACUUGACCAGCGACGAGGAGUUAGAGAGGGAAGCGGAAGGCUUCAAAGAACAGGGAAAUGUGUACUAUGUCAAGAAGGACUAUGCUGAAGCUUUCAACUUCUACACCAAGGCCAUCGACUUGUGCCCGAAAAAUGCCAGUUACUAUGGCAACCGUGCGGCCACAUUGAUGAUGCUGAGUCGCUACAGAGAGGCACUGGAGGACUCCCAGCAGGCCGUGCGGCUAGAUGACACUUUCAUGAAGGGUCACAUGCGUGAGGGCAAGUGCCACCUGCUGCUCGGCAAUGCUAUGGCUGCCAGCCGCUGCUUCCAGAAGGUUCUAGAGCUGGAACCAGACAACAGUCAGGUGCAGCAGGAGCUGAAGAACGCAGAGUCCAUACUGGAGUUUGAGCGCUUGGCUGAGAUCAGCUUUGAGAAGCGAGACUUCAGGAUGGUGGUGUUCUGUAUGGAUCGGGCAUUAGAGCCCGCUUCUGCGUGUCACAGGUUCAAGGUUUUGAAAGCAGAGUGUCUGGCUCUGCUGGGACGCUACCCAGAGGCCCAAUCUGUCGCCAGUGACAUAUUGCGGAUGGAUUCCACCAAUGGCGAUGCCUUGUAUGUGCGGGGAUUAUGUCUGUAUUACGAAGACUGCAUUGAUAAGGCUGUGCAGUUUUUCAUUCAAGCGCUGCGCAUGGCACCAGACCAUGAGAAGGCCCGUCUGGCCUGCAGAAAUGCUAAAGCCCUAAAGGCGAAGAAAGAGGAAGGGAAUAAAGCAUUUAAAGAGGGCAGCUUUGAGGAGGCAUAUGUCCUCUACUCAGAGGCCCUGACCAUCGACCCAAACAACAUCAAAACCAAUGCCAAGCUGUACUGUAACCGAGCCACCGUCGGAUCCAAGUUAAACAAACUGGAGCAGGCCAUUGAGGACUGCACAAAGGCUAUUAAACUGGAUGAGACCUAUAUUAAAGCUUAUUUGAGAAGAGCCCAAUGUUACAUGGACACAGAGCAGUAUGAAGAGGCUGUCAGAGACUAUGAGAAGGUUUAUCAAACAGAGAAGACUAAAGAACAUAAGAACCUGUUGAAGAACGCUCAGUUAGAGCUGAAGAAAAGCAAGAGGAAAGAUUAUUACAAGGUCCUUGGGGUGGAUAAAAAUGCCACUGAAGAUGAAAUCAAGAAGGCCUAUCGUAAACGAGCCCUGAUGCACCACCCAGACCGACAUAGCGGAGCGAGUUCUGAAGUGCAGAAAGAGGAAGAGAAGAAGUUUAAGGAGGUGGGCGAGGCCUUCACUGUGCUCUCAGACCCCAAGAAGAAGUCCCGCUAUGACAGCGGCCACGACCUGGAGGAUGACGACAUGAACAUGGACUUUGAUGCCAACAACAUCUUCAAAGCAUUCUUUGGUGGCCCUGGUGGCUUUAGUUUUGAAGGCAAUUCAUCAUCUGGACCUGGAAAUUUCUUCUUCCAGUUUGGCUAACUUGGCAACUUUCAGCAUGUAUGCAGUAGUUUCACAACCUCUGAAUUCCCCUGAACCGGACUACUCCCCUCCAUCCCUGCUCUCUGAUGUACUACACUCUGGUGUAAUGGGCUUUCGGGCUCCACAGUUGGACCUGCGUCUGUGCCAUUGACUUGUUUUACUGCUUACGCACAAAGACAACAACGGCAGGGGCAUGACCAUUCUGUACCAGAAAAACAACAUGAUGCAUUGCACAGUUCUCUCUCUGAUCGGUGUCCUUUUUGGCUCUUGUAUUCCAGCUUUAGUUUUAUUGUUUUGUUUUGCUUUUUUAAUCCACUCUAUCGAAUGUACCCUGAAUUCAUUGUCAUUUUCACUUUGUUCAGCUUUCAAAAGCUUCAACUACAACUUGAGUUGAUGUUUGGGGCAACAUAAGAUGGUGCUACAGGCAAAUCUGCUGUUUUUCCCAGGCUCACUCGAAAUACUUUAAUCUCAUUUCCCAUCCGCCCAUAAACAGCCCCUCUCCCAGCAUAUUAGUGAUCCAAAUCCAAAGCACGUCAGAAAAAAACACGGGUUAGUACAGGAAGUCAUCACUGCUAGUGCCGUAUAGAUUGUUUAAACAUGUAGAAAGUCAGAAUUCACGCAGAUAUUAUAUUUAUGCAACGUUUCAAACCAUUUUAAAGACCUCAGCAAGCUAUUAUGUGAAUGCAGCACCUCAUGCCAAAUGUCACCGUAAGAAUAACGCUGGUCCUGGGUUUCGUCAAGCGAGUGGAUUGUUUGACUACUGCAUACAGAGGUUCAGAGAGAGCGAGUUCACGCACCUGUUGACCACGUCCCUCUCUAAGAUUCAUUUGCCAAUGUUGCCAUUCAACCUCUUGCUGCAUUGUACAUUUUACUGGAAUGUAAAGUGUUUCUUUGUGUUGAUAGUUUAUGACCGUUUAAAUUUUUUUAACUGAAAUACACUCACUUUUUUGAUAUAUAUAUUUAUUGUAAAUUUGCUGGAUGUGAGCUUUGGAUGGAUGGAUGAUAUUUCAAUACACUAGGAUCUACACUCUUAAAGGUUAAACCCAGGGAGAGACUAUGUUUGGCCAGCACUCUCAUUAACUUCAGAAUUAAAGAGCCUCUGGAGGGAGUGAAUGUCAGAGAUCUGGUUAUUUGUGGGCUUGAUACCAUUGACUCCACAGUGUGUAUAAUAUGGAUCUGUGUACAUUGCAGGCAUGAUCAGUGAGCCAUGUUUACCGUUUUACCUAAAUGUUCCUUGACAUUGGAUCGCUGAAGAUUUGUUGUGCUCCAGCAUUCUCUUGCUGUCUUUGACCUGACCGUGUACCCAGUUAGGAAACUGUGCAAUUUAAGCAUUUGUCUGGAAUACGUUCAUAUUGCUCAUCUUGAAAGAUCUUCAGUGUAUUCAGAAGACAACGUCCAUGCUGACUUUGCUCACUCCGCUGGAACAGUCUUUACUAUGGACCGUUUUUAAAAAGCCAUGUAAAUAAAGUAAGCCUCUUUCUGUUU